AUGAGCAUCCACCGGGGCCUGAAGUGUGAGGAGUGCGGCCGCAACUUCUCCAAACCUGAGUCGCUGGCGGCACACACGGCCUUGCACCUCACGGGCGGUACCAUCAUGUGCGAGGUGUGCAACAAACUGUUCUCCAGCAAGACACGACACAACUCAAGCGCCACCACGUCAUGCACACCGGCGCAAGGAACUUCCUGUGCAGGAGGUGCGGGCGGACGUACACCCCAAAGUGGGGACCUCAACAAACACAUCGACGCAGCAUACGGGGGCGUCGGGGACAGUGAAUUUGAAGAGGAGGAGGAGGAGGUGCUGGUGGUGCCCAUCGCGCACUUCAGCGACAAGCGAAAGCGUUACCGUUCCCUGGGCAGCCUUAGGAAGCACCAGUGUGAGGAGUGUGGGAGUCGCUUCAGCCACCGCGACGUCCUCAUCAAGCACUACUCUACAUACACCUGCACCAAGCCCUUCCAGUGCGAGGAGUGGAGCAAAGCAUUUGCCCGGAAGGACAUCCUGGCCACGCAUGCCCUCCGCCACACCAAGAGGCGGGCGUUCACCUGCGACGACUGUGGCACAGAUUUCUGGAAAAAGAGCUCUCUUCGGCAGCACGUCAUGACCCACCUCCUCCCAGAGUUCAAGUGUGAGGUCUGCGGUAAGGAGUUCCGGGUCAAGGUGUCCCUGGAGAACCAUCUGCGAGUCCAAUGCGGCGUCAAGGAGUUUGCCUGUGUGCACUGCGACGACAUUCAUCAGAUAAUAACACAGCCCGGUAAAUCAAAGAAAAUGGUGGCCCAAGAAAUAGGAGUCACGAAGGUACGGGUGGGCGUGCCUCAUGAAGCGUCCCAGGGAGUACACAUCGGCCUGGAAGGUGACGGGGCCGCAGCGCUCAGUACCUGGGGACACAUCCAGUUCGCCUCACUCGGCUCCGCCUCUGUGAAGGGGAUGCACUGGCCCCACGUCGAUGAGGUGCACCGCUGGGGCUCCUCCGCGGGUCUGCCUCACCAUGACGUCCCCCUUGAGGUCCAGGUGCACCAGCCCCUCGGCGUGUAUCUCGCUCACCCGCACACGCGGCUGCUGCAGCACACGCGCCACUUGCUCACUUCCUGGCCGGGACUCAAGGAAGCUUCCCAGCGUCAAGACGCCACAAUAAUGUCAUGA